UUAAGAUUAAAACGGUUACAUCACAUAAUCAUUAACACAAUACAUUCAACAAUGCACAUAAACGCUAACCAUCCAAUGCAACAUUUCGAGUACAAACGCGUUUAAAUAAACGUUAUUCAAACACCUAGCGAUAGAUUUAACAAAAAAUAAAAUGUACUUAAAAUUAUUUUCAAUAUUAUUUUACACGUUUGCUGGUUCGUGGAUACCUGCGCCCGUUGAGAGUGCGAACAUUUUAGCCGUGGAGACGGUUGGAUGUAAAAGCCAUUGGAACUUUAUGAGCUCAAUUCUCCGGGCGUUGGUGGACAACGGACACAAUGUCACGGUGUUCACGCCGUUCGCCGACGGAAACCGUGAAAACUAUACAGAAGUGUCCACUGGAGCUACGACAUUUCUAGAAAUGAACAUCGAAGAUUUGAUGGAUAAAUCCAAUGGCCCAAUUAAAUUUACUAGUCAUAUGUUACAGAUGAGUAGAACUAUGUGCAACGUAAUUUAUGAAAAUAGUAAAAUGAAGGAAGUGUUAUCUAAUACACGUUCCGAUUUUGACAUAGUUAUAACCGAACCAUCACGCUCGGAGUGUGUGUCUUACCUCGCCAUCAAGUUGAACUUACCACUUAUAUACCUUCAACCAGUACCGACGAUGGGUAUAAUGGAACGUAUGUAUACGGGACACAUGUCCAAUCCCGCGGUAGUUGCUAAUAAGUUAGCAAGUUUUGGUGUUCCGAAAACAUUCGUCCAAAGAACAAGCAAUCUUGCUAUUUUGAUUUCCUGCACAAUCAUAAGGGAAUUUAAUGAACUGAUUAUGAAGUUCACGGAACCGAAAGAGUACGAUUUACAUGCACCCAUCCCACCGUCUUUGGUAUUCAUAAAUAGUCAUUUCACUAUCGAACCCGCAAGUCCAAUCCCGUCAAAUGUUGUUGCGAUAGGUGGAAUACAUUUGAAUUUAAAAGCAACCAAGAAGUUACCAAAAGAUAUAUUAGACUUCAUCGAACAAUCACCUCAUGGUGUUGUUUAUUUCACUUUUGGUUCAAUUGUUAAAAUGACUUCAUUACCAGAACACAUCAAAAAAGCAUUGAUUGAUGGACUCGCACAAAUCCCUCAAAGAGUGUUAUGGAAAUAUGAAGAUGAAAUUGAGAAUUUACCAAAAAAUGUUAUGGUCAGAAAAUGGCUACCCCAACGUGAAAUUCUAUUGCACCCGAAUGUGAAACUCUUCAUCAGUCACGGAGGUAUAUCUGGGUUGUAUGAAGCUAUAGACGGUAGUGUUCCCAUUCUUGGAUUUCCUUUAUUUGCUGAUCAGCCAAAAAAUAUUGACAAUUUAGUUAAUGCAGGAAUUGCUAUUUCUAUGGAUAUUUUGUCCAUAACAAAGGAUGCGUUCUUAAAAAAUGUCUUAGAGCUGCUCAACAAUGAAAAAUACAUGGAAAAUGUUAAAACUGCUUCGAAAAUAUUCAAAGAUCGGCCUAUGUCACCGGCAAGUCUAGUGGUGUACUGGACAGAGUAUGUUCUACGUCAUAAAGGAGCUCCCCACUUGACAUCCCACGCAAUGAACCUAUUGUGGUAUCAAUACUAUCUCUUGGAUGUCAUUGCUUUAAUAUUAGUUUUUAUUAUUGUUGUGAUUAUUGUUUCCUACAGAAUUUUUAAAUCUAUUUCUAAAUACUUUUCAAAAUAUUCUAGAAAUACUAAAUCUAAAUCUGAAUAAUUUAUAACCUCUUUAUAUAUAUAAAUUCCAAACACCACUCAUUUGUUCGCUCACUGAUCGCUACAUCUCAAAAACUACAAAACGUAGGAACUUGAAAUUUGGAACAGUGGUUUUUCUUAUGAUCUUGAUGUGUGUUAGAAAGGGUUUUCCGAAAUUUGCGUUUUAAAGUUGUGCUCUUAAACAGGGGUUUUGAGAUUCAGUAUGAAAUUUAUUCGUUUAUUUCUAAUAUUUUUUUUUUUUAUAUAAAUGGUGACCAUCGGUUACAAGUUAUAAUAGUAAUAGGAGAAAUUAAUUAUCACUGGAACCACUGGAUGUUUGAGUAAGUAGAAUGGUAAGUAGUUUCGGUUUAUGAUGUAAAGACCUAAUAAGAAAGGAUUUUCCAUAAUUCGGAUUUUAAAGAGGUCUUCAAAUAAGUUGUUAGAUACUUAUAUCAGGAAAUUUUGAAGAGUAAUUACCUAGUUUAUACCACGUUAAACAUAUAAUAAGUAGUAAGUGCUACUUUCGAUCUGUGACUUGUAGUUUCCCAUCUAGGUCAAAUUAUUUCACAAAGCUAGUUACACUAACGCUGAUUUUUCCGUGAACUGAGGUUCACCAAAACUGAGAUACACUCAAACCCAGAUAGGUACACCUAAAUAUUGUAUAUACUAAAUAGGAUUCUACACAAAAAAUAAAUUGCAUGCGAGCAAAGCUGGAAUAUUCAGCUAGUACUAAUAUACUAAUAUGAAGUAUUUUUAUGCCUAUAGCUAUUAAACCUAUAUUAUAUAAUGAAACUGGUACUAAGGGCCUUUUAUUUUUCUGAAAAAUAAAAUCACUGUGUUUUAAUUGUUAAUAAUUCUCUCGUUGAUUUGUAUACGUUCAAAUGACUAUUAAUUCAUGUUUUAACAUUAAGUAUUGAAUAGUUUACUAUUCAACCGUUAGUGUUAUUGAAGUUUGUUAAGAGAUAUUUUGGUU